AUGCCACUGCUAACUCAGAUGCCACUGCUAACCCAGAUACCACUGCUAACCCAGAUGCUACUGCUAACCCAGAUGCUACUGUUAACUUAGAUACUACUGCUAAUCCAGAUGCCACUGCUAACCAGGAUAUUCCUGCUAACCAGAAUACCCCUGCUAAUCAGGAUGCCCCUGCUAACUAG